CGAUACUAUUACGCUUGGACGGCAGUGCGCGCCUGAACGUCGUACGGUGCGUCUCGUUCUCUCGUUCGUUCUUUUUUCCUUCUUUUUUUCACUUUUCAUCUCUCUCUCUCUCUCUCGAAUGAAAAAUCGUCGGUGCGUCGUGCGGUGUCAAUUUUAUUCGAAUUUCCACUUUUCUCCCUUUUCUUUUUUUUUCUCUCUUUCCCUUCUAACUGUGAUUUAAUAAUCGAAGUAUAUGUGAACGGCAAGCUCGCUCGCAGGAGACAGACGGACGGAGAGAAAGAGAAAGAGAGAGAGAGAGAGAUUAAAGAAAACGUGAAAAAUGUUCGUUAACUUUCAAAAUAAAACUAUUCGUAUCGUUCUAUUCGUCGUACGUAAUCUGAUACGUGAAAUUGAGUAAAUCGAAAGGUUUUCACGGGCGAACCAAUACAAUCGAGGAAGGACAAACUACCAACGGUCCCGACGAUUAUUAUUUUCUUCGGGAUAGGAGGGUGGAGGGGUGGGGGGACUAACUGUGCAUAUGUAAUAUAUACAUAUAUGUGUGCGUUUGAGAAAAGAGAUAAGUUGUGUUGUGUGCUACUGCGAUGAAGGAAAGGAACGCGUUACUGGAUUGAAACUGCUUCGUCGUCCGAAAGAAAGAAAGAAAGAAAGAAAGAGAGAGAAAGAGAAAGAAAGAAAGAGAGAGAGAGAGAGAGAGAGAAAGAGAAAGAGAGAGAUCAUCGCCAUGGCGCCCCCAGACAGGCACAGAUCGCCUCGCCCUGGCUCGGGUCUCAGCCUCUCCGUUCUUGAUCUGGCGCAGAUUCGUGCUUUGGUCGAAUCGACGGGAAUGCUUGGUGGUUCGACAUGUCCUUCCUGCGAGAUGCCCUUCGACAAAGGGAAAAAACGACGACUGAUCGAUUCCUGCGGGCACGAGAGAUGUUACUCUUGCCUUUUCCGUAGCGAGGCUUGUCCACUGUGUAUGAGGGCAGAACAUCAACGAGCCGAUCUCAAUGGCGACGAUGAGGAAGACGAAGAAGGUUUGAUCGAUGGUAGAACCUUCGGUGAGGACUUCGUCGUCGGUUCUACCAUCGAACCUAUGUCAACCCUUUUACCUAUCGAUGGUGCUUGGAUCGAUGACUCAUCGACGAUUAACUCACUUUGCGGCAGUCCAAGGCCACGGAGUAAACUCACGACGCGGGCCAAUCUAACGUCUAGAACAAUCCACCAACGAGACAACCUGGCUGACAACGUUUCAACCGGGGAGCACGCUAAAGGAUCGAAAAGUAAAAUGAACUCGCCGUUGAACUCUCAUACUCGACAAAAACCUCAAAUGAUGACUCAGAGUUGUCCUACGCCGCCCAAUCAACGAAGAAGAUUCUUUCUGAAUCCUAAAGUAUUGAGAAGUUCUUUUGGACCGCAAAGAUCGUCCAGACGCGGAACCUCCUCACCUGAACCACCCACGGCUGAUAAUCCUUCUGCAUUGUCAGCAUGGAUGGCAUCAUCUUGGGAAGGAAAAUCAAGAUGGCCAGGUCUGGUUCUGGGAAAAAUCAAAUCUUUAUGGAGCAACAGUCAAGGAACGGCAAACGAUGGACUUAAUCAGCUAAUCGAUUCUUCCAAUAAACUUGCAGACGACGAAGGUGGUUGCGUGAAACCGUUGUCCUCGAAAACACGAAAAUCCUCGCAGUCGGAUCUUUACAUGAGGUUGGGUCUAUUGCUCGGUGGUAACCAUGGACGAGAAAAUUCACCGGUUGAUACUACGAACUAUUUUACGAGUGCGUCCAAUCGUGUUCCCGUUAAUACUGGUAUUCAAAGAGCACCCAUGCAAGGUCACGAUAGUUCGGCAGCAUCGUUCAGCAGUUUAACGAGCUUCGAGACGCAAACUCUCGCAUCGACCAAUACCAGUCCAGUAUCAACGUUAACAGGUACAUCGAGCGAAACCGAAGCCGCUGCUGCUUUACGUUCAACGAAUAAACCGAAGAGCAAGAUAAAAGGAAAAAUAAAGUCGAGAGAUUGCGACAGUGCCGGUAGUUUGGUAUCAAUCUCAACCUCGGCAUCAGCUUCUACGUCGAUGUCGAUGUCGAUGUCAGUUUCCGUUUCCGGUCUUUCGAACGGUAGUUCGAGCCCGUUAACACCAAGAAGACAUUCCGUUAAUGCCUCGCAAUCGAAUCAACCCAAUGAGGAAGUAAACCAAUUUAAAAACCGACGAACCUGCGUCAGAAGAUCGGCCAGGGCUGGUAACGUCAAGGGAAGCAUCGACCCCAAACUACGCUUCGUACAGCAUCACGCCACGUCACAACUGACACUUAAGCCAUUAUUCUUCGAAGUUCCUCUUCUCGAAACCGAGCCCUUAUUCACAGGACGUAUCUGGCUACUUCACGAAAUAUUAUCCGUGAUAAACAGUUCGAGUCCUGGUAUAUUAAUAUCCGGAUCACCUGGUACAGGUAAAACGGCAUUGGUAUUGCAGUUGGUGGAACAUAGUUGUUUUGGAAGGCGACGCGUGCAACCGGUUCCGCCGGAAAUAACCGAGGAGAUCGAGAACGAUAGAGAAAAAUCAAAUGCCUCGAGCACUCUUCAAUCGAAUGUUAGGCGCACCAAUGAAAAGGUUCGAGAAUUAGCGUCCCACGUCGUGGCUUAUCAUUUUUGUCAAGCCGAUAACAACAGCACCUGUCUUGUACCAGAUUUGAUUCAUUCGUUAGCCGCACAAUUAUGUCAGGCACCUCAGCUGAUCGCUUACAGGGAAUAUUUAUUAUCCGAACAACAUCUACAAGGCUCCCUGUCGCAAAGAGAGUGCACCGUAGAUCCGGAUCUUGCUCUUUCGAGAGGCAUCAUCGAACCGCUCUUAACAUUAAGAAAAGCUAACAGAUUGCCUGAAUCUACGAUGGUAAUUCUCAUCGAUGCCGUUUGCGAAGCAGAAUAUCACAGACCGGACAGAGGUGACACAAUAGCGUCCUUCUUAACAAGGCACGCACCUAAUUUUCCAAGCUGGCUUAAGGUCAUUUGUACGGUUAGAACACAAUUAUUGGAAUGCGCGAAACAACUUCCUUAUACCAGGAUAUCAUUGGACAAAACUUCAAACGAUGUUGCUGGCAACAACGUCACGAAGGACUUGUCCGAUUACAUUGGUUAUAGACUCGCUCAAAGUCCUGCGAUACAGACUAACGUAACCGCAUCUGUUAAUGGAAAAACGGAAUCAUCGUGUAGCGCCAAUCAAACGAGAUUUGCCUCGCAUUUAUUAACACUCGCCAGAGGAAGUUUUCUCUUCGCCAAAUUGACCUUGGAUCUCAUCGAAAGUGGACAUCUCGUUGCUAAAUCAGCGAGUUACAAAGUUCUACCAGUUUCCCUCGCACAAAUCUUCCAAUUACAUUUCAACCUGAGAUUUCCAACGGCGACCUCCUUCGACAAGGUCCAACCUCUUCUGGGCGUAUGUCUGGCUGCGUUGUAUCCCCUAACUCUAUUAGAAAUUUAUUAUUCGAUAAAUUCGUUAACUACGAAUCACUUCGUUUCCUGGGAGGACUUCAUGCAGAGAUUCAAGAUGCUCUCUGGGUUUCUCGUGAAACGACUAGACGACACAUAUAUGUUCUUUCACCCGUCGUUCAGGGAAUGGUUAAUGAGAAGAGACGAAGGUGAAUCUACUAAGUUUCUCUGCGACCUGAGACUCGGCCAUGCAGCUAUUGCGUUUAGAUUAUCGCGUCUACAGGCACCAUUGGACGGUGAAAAAGCUUUGGAGCUUGGCCAUCACGUUUUGAAGGCACACGUUUACAGAGGUGUUGCCCCUUGUUGGCCAUCACGCGAUUUACAAGCAAUCUGGCUAGCCUCAUCCACGGAAUGCGUUUCCUCGGCACUGUGCACAUUACGUAAUAUUUAUAGCCCGAAUGUAAAAGUAUCAAGAUUGCUUCUGCUGGCAGGAGCAUCACCGAAUCACGUAACCGAAUACUUGGGCAACGCACCGGUUCUUUGUAUGUACGCUCACGAAGGUUCAGUAGAGAUGGUCUCGCUUCUUCUCGAAUUUGGUGCGGACGUUGAAUUGACUAAUAGCCAAGGUUGCACGGCAUUGUCUCUCGCGGCAGCACGAGGUCAUUGUGACGUUGUUAGAAGAUUAGCCGCAGCUGGAGCUUCCCUUGGUCACGUCGACAUGGCAGGACAAUGUCCAUUGGUACACGCAGCGAGACACGGUAAAUUGUCCGUAGUUGGUUAUCUCUUGGCAUGCGAUUGGCUCGUACCGAGUGGUUUAAAAAUCUCCGAAAACGUGUCGUCGGAGAUAAGAAGGGAAGAGGCUGCUCAGCAAGCGGUCGUCGCAGCUGCUGCUCAAGGUCACGAGUCGAUCGUCGAGUAUUUGUUGGACAUGGCCGAGGUUAUAGUCGAUUUACCGGACACGUUGAUCGGUGAAACCGCUUUGACGGUUGCCGCAGCGAAUGGCUCGACUACAACAGUUUCCGCACUUUUGGCUCGUGGUGCUAGCCCAUUGGCUGUUAACGCUAAAGGUCUCUCGCCGUUGAUGCUGGCCGCGAGAGAAGGUCAUUGGGGUACCGCUGAAAGACUCUUGCAAGGAACUCUUUCGAGCAGUACCGACACUGUCCUCGAUGACGCGUUAACGUUAUUGGACCAACGCGAUCCUUCUGGUCGUACGGCGUUGAUGUUAGCUGCCUCGGAAGGUCAUACCAAUCUCAUCGAAAUGUUUCUCGAUAAAGGAUCCGUAAUCGAGGCCAAAGACAAGGAAGGCCUUACCGCUCUUUGUUGGGCAUGCGUUAGAGGAAGAUUAACCAGCGUACAAAAUCUUCUCGAUCAUAACUCUGACGUUAACACGAGCGACAACACCGGUAGAACACCUUUGGAUUUGGCCGCGUUUCAGGGUAAUCCAAAGCUCGUACAAUUGUUACUUGAGAAAGGAGCUGCUGUCGAACACGUUGACUUGCACGGCAUGCGACCAUUGGACAGAGCAAUCGGAUGUCGCAAUAUACCGGUUGUACAAUGUUUCUUACGACGAGGUGCCAAACUUGGACCAGCUACUUGGGCAAUGGCCGCUGGAAAACCCGAUGUCUUGCUUAUAUUGUUGAACAAACUUCUGGAGGAUGGAAAUGUACUUUAUCGAAAGAGUCGUUUAAAGGAGGCCUCUCAUCGAUACGCAUACGCUCUUAAAAAAUUUCCUAUCUCGCCUGAGGAGGAUUGUCAGGGACAAGAACAGGGUCACAUGAUACUGCAACUUCAGAGUUUUGCUCAAUUGCGAUUGAACUUCUUCCUGAAUCUUAGCCGGUGCAAGCGCAAGAUGAACGAAGGUGCAGAAGCCAUUGAGCUUGCCGAAGAAGCAUUGAAAGUCCGACCAACGUCUUACGAAGCGUUUUACGCGCGUGCAAAAGCUCGAGUUGACGUUGGUUUGCUCGAGGAAGCUAUGUCGGACGUACAGGAAGCAUUACAAAUAGCACCGGCACAAAAUCGUCAGGACCGUCGAGUUUUAAUCGUUCUAAGGGAUGAAAUAGUCUCACGAAUCGACGAGGCUAAUGCGAAUAAAGAAUCAAACGAUUGUAAUAAUCGAUCGCGUCUACGUGCUUCCGUCGACACUCUUACGGAAUUAUAAAUAUUACUGAGAUAUCGACACUCGAUCUUUAAAGAGAAAAAUGAGAGAGAGAGAACAUUUUUUUUUUUUUAUUUCUUUUUAACAACCCCCGUUAUCGAUAAUUUCCUAUCGUCUCGAAUUUAAGGCUUAAUGACGAUGAUUUUUUAUUAUUAUUAAUAUUAUUAUUAUUAUUGCUAUCAUUAUUAUUAUUAUUAUUAUUAUUAUUAUUAUUAUUAAUAUUAUUAUUAUUAGAAAAAAAAGAAAAACAAAAAAAAAGGAGAGAGACAGAGAGAGAGAGAGAGAGAGAAGGAAAAAGAGAAAGAGAGUGAUUUAUUAACUUAUUUAAUGAUUAUAUCAUUCGUCACUAUUCUCCAUUUUGAUUUGAUCGCAACCGAUCGUUUUAAUGCAAACACGAUUUACAUGCCACACCACUUGCUCUUUAAUUUUGUUUUAUUAUUGUCGUAUAUCGAUUCGGGAUAUUAUAUUUAUGCGUAAUAUUUAAAUUGAUUAAUCGUGAACGUAAGUACUGCCAAGUAUGAGCAAGUUCCAAUGCUCGUACACUAUUUAGCAAUUAUUAUAUAUUAAUUACGUAUUAUAUAUAUAUAUAUAUAAGUUUGAUUAAAUGGAGAAUUAUUUAAUAAAAAACGUAUUAGGUGUUUCUUUUAUAUAUAUAUAUAUAUAUAUAUAUAUAUAUAUAUAUAUAUAUAUAUAUAUAUAUACAACAGAGAAACGCACAAAACUGUCGAAACAAACGGAUUCUUUUUAUGUAAGAGAUUUAAUUACUGUGCACAAACUUGAUUCUAAUACAAAGAAGAAAAGAAAAAUAUAUAUAUAUAUCUGUAUUAUAUAUGUAUAUGCAAUUAAAAAUUGGCUUACGUAAGAGUAUCCGUUAUAGUAAUAAUAAAAAAUUAUUUAAUAAUUUCUUUCAGUAUUUUCGUUAAUUUUUCGUAAUAAUAAAAAAAGAAAAAGGGAGAAAAAGAAUCGAACGACGAUCGCACAAAAGAAAAUUCGUAUGAAUCAUUCGAACGUGAAUAUAAUAUUUAUAUAAAAGAAAGUUAUAUAAAGUAAAGCUUUAAUUGAAAGGAUGAAAAAAGAAAUAAAAAGCACGCACACGCACACGCAUGCACGCAUAUAUAGAAUAUUAUUUAUAGAUAUAAUAUGACUCAUAUAAAAUGUAAUUUAUGAAUGCACUUAUCUUGCCCGGCGCGUGUACGGUUAUUAUUAUUUUUUCUUUUUUAAUGUUAUCUAUUUGUUAUAUUCUAGUGCUUGUUUAAUAAAUAUUUUUAUAGCCUUUAUUAUUAUAUGAAUUUUUAUAUACAACAUAUAUACAAUAGGUAUAUAUAUAUAUAUAUAUAUAUAUAUAUAUAUAUAUGUAUAUACCUGUGUGUGUGUGUAUAUCCUUUACAAUAUACUUACACAAACGCUGCUAAUAUGCAAUAAAAAAAUAUAAAAGCAACUAUUAACUUUAUAACAAAAGUAUAAAGUCGAACAAGAUGACCGUACGCGUGCAAUACAUAAUACAUACAUAUACUUUUUUGCAUAUGUAAUCGUAAACAUCGAAUUCGCAUAAUAUCGGACACACACACACAUAUAUAUAUAUGCGCGUUUUUGUAGAAAAAGAGUGUUUUAACAAAAUUAACCGUAGAUACGUAAAAAUUUAUUUUAUAUGGUAUUUAAGGAUAUAGACGAAUCACACACGAUGAACUAUUAUAUUAUAUUAUUAUUAUUAUUAUUAUAUUAUUAAUAUUAAUAUUAUUAUUAUUAUUCAAAAUGUCGCUUAAAAGCAUCGAAGAAAAGAAUGAUAAAGAGAAACAUAAGAGAUGUUAUUGACCUUACCGUAAAGAAAGAAGGUGACAAAUAAACGAACAUUUUUCAUUUUUCA